GUUCGAACCCCGUACACUCCGUCGUGAGCCGCAACAUCCUACUCUCGCCAUUUUCGUCCGAACUACCAAGAACUAUUCUUUAACAGAAGACGUGACGGUAAACAUCAGCAACAAAAACAACAACAUAAAACACAACAACAAUCGCAGCUUUGUUUGGACAAGUGUGUGGCUUAGCAGACGCUCUAUCCGGAAAACGACACUCACAAAAGAAGAGGGAAAAAAAGAGACACAGCCAGCAACAGCCCUUGCAAGCUUUUUGUUCUGGGAAAACUUGGAAUUCUGGCUUACGCAAACAAGAGCUUAUAACUGGAGCGCGAACUAUCACAUUCGGCCACCGCAAAGGAAGCGAAGGACUUACGUUAUUUGUUGGCAGUGACUGCGCCGCCAACCAACGUUUAACCGGGCCAUACUUAGCGAGCGCUGUCUCCCCGCCUUCCCCCUCACAUCUUCUGUGAUUCGGAUUCACUCGUGUGGUCCGUGAUCUUUUUGACUGCCAGUUGGCUCUUUUUUAUGGUUCAGCUGUGUAAAUCACAUCUGGAAUAACGCUCAACGAAACCUCAGUUCCGCUUUCCGUGCCGGCUGGCCUGGACAUGAUAUACUGUUCUUAUCUUGACAACUAAGUUACCCCUUCGCCCUCAAUGGGGGCUCUAUCUGGUCUGGAUUCUCGUCAUCUCUUGGCCUAUCCGGGUACGCCACCAGAGCUGGUGAGCCCGAGCUCAUCAAGCUACUCCUCAAGACCGUCCGAGGGGGCCCCAGUGUCUCCUCCCAUGUCCAACUAUGAACCCUCAACAACGGUCGAUGUGCUACCCAGAAAGCCUUCAGACGACUUAUCAAACAUGAGGAGAGCUCUUUCGAGUCAGAGCAGCACCCGGCACAAUGAAGAUCACCGGGAACCGCAACAGCGUCAACAACAUUUGCCCAAGCUCCCUCCUCUGAGCAGCAUCCUGACCAUGGCACAGGACAGCAUGCUUACCCAUUCGCCAUAUGAGGAGCGCCGGGCUUUCUCAACUGGUACAUCACCCCUGGAUCGGCCGCAAACAUCAAGCAGCCUGCCAGUGCCAAAAAGGCCCUACUCUCCUUCAUAUUUUCCGCCAACCGGCCCAUGUAGCUCGUCGGCAGCGCCUCAAUCCAAAGGCUCCUAUCCUCCAAGGCUGGAGGAGAGGAAUCCUUUUCAUUCCGUGCCCAGGGGGCCUUUCCAUGGCCCUCUGUCCCCUCCACACCGAGAGUCGGACCAUAGGCUAGCAGACAGGACGCCCGAAGAGUAUGUACCACGUGCUGCGGGGGAGUACUCUCCUAACAGCAGGUAUUCCUACAGAAGUCAACCGGAUCGAUACCCAGUGUCUAUGCCGCUCGUUAGCAACCAUGGUGUCAAGCGCGAGUACGACCAUCCCUCCGGACCGGCUCCAUACAGAGAUGCCCAUCUUCAACGACCGACGACACACUCACACGCUGCGCCCUCGCCCCCGACCGCUACCAGCAGCAUCGUCUCCCCUGAGGGCAUACCAUCCAAGGACGGCCUUGGCCCCAAGAUCUGGACGGGAACACACUUCCUCCCACGUUUUGUGCGCGCGGCAGAGGUCCCCGGUGAGGGCAUGUGCUACUUCUACGAUGACGGCAGCCAUUGCAAGACAGUCAUCGAUGGCGAGGUUGUCAACGCACACUGGGGAGUCACCAAGGCAGGCAAGCCGCGCAAGCGCCUCGCUAUUGCCUGUGUGACAUGCCGUGAGAAGAAGAUCAAGUGCGAUCCCGAUUACCCGCGCUGUGUUCAGUGCGAGAAGUUUGGCCGUGUGUGCAAGUUCAAGAAUGCGCCGCGGGGUGGGAACAACACCAGCCCCUCAACGCCGCCGGCCGAGCUGGCCGAUGACGUGAGGCCUAGGAGCAAGAACUCGAGUGCCAGUGUCUCGCCCAGGACGAUACCGGCGACCGAGAUAAGGGAACGAGACGGCAAGAGGCCGAGGUAUGCAUACGAGGUCGACCACAGCCAACAGAGGCAUCACUCGCCCAGGCAGCAGCACAGGGCCUUCACACACCCGCAGUCUCAUUCACACUACUCCCACACACCGCCGCCACCACCGCCACCUCCACAGCCGCAACAGCAGUAUCCCCACCAGCGGUCUUAUCCACCUCCUCAAUAUUCAUACCAACAUCAGCCUCCUCACCACCAACACCCUCACCCUCACGGGCACUACCACAGCCAGCCUUCGAGCGCCGUCGGUGCACCCGGCGAGCGGCCCUCGCCCAUAUCUUUGCCUUUGCCACUACCCACCCUCCCCAGGGAAGGCAGUAGGACACCGUCUUCCUGGAACCCGCCCGAGCUGCCCAGGAUACGGUAGUUAGUUGAGGAGGAUGACUGGACUCUGGAUUCUAUUUCACGACACGAUAUUUUAUUAAAAACUCACAUGUAAACUACUUUCUACCUUUUUAUUUGGGCUCUGCGGAAUUUGGCAUUAUAGUCAUGCGGCGUUCAUCACUUUGAUAUUACUUUUAUGGUGUAUACGGUAUCCAUCAAGCUUCCCGGCGUUUUUUUUCUGUCUUCUUUUUUUUCAUUGUCCGUUUAUAGCUUUUACUUGAGGCUUCAUGGCAAUUGUCGGACACUAGUAGCCGGGGAAGGGGGGGGGGGGAAGGGAACAAAGGAGUAGCUUCUGGGAUAUUCCC